AUGGUGAUGCUGUGCUUCGUUUUGGAUCUGCGAAGCCUGUCGCCUCCAUUGCUUCGAGACUUAAAACAAUCGUUACUGCAACUCGCAAAUUUCUACGCCAUUUCGACUCCGAUCAAUGAUCGAACACACUCGAAGCCCCUGCGUGAUCGCAUUGGACUGUGCUACGUGUUCAAAAGUAGAAUUUCUGGCGCAGAUGAGCUGAAGGUUGCAUAUAAUCCAAGAGGAAACUUCAGCCUCCGUGAUUUCCACGAUGCCGUCAACAACUUGCCUACCGAUGCCUUCGCACCUGAACUUAACACUUCUGGAGCUCUCUGUUGUGACGAUGUGAAACUUUCGACUGUUCUGAGUGAUGAAAUUUUGUAUUCGUGGGGAGUAAAUGAGAAAGAUAUCACAAGAAAAGUGAUUAUGAUCAGCUCGUGUCUUGUUGAGAAUCUAGAUCCCGUCACUAGAAAAACUCUCAUGGAUGCGGCAGACAAGUGUAUUUCGGUGGAAUUUGUUUUGUUGGAGCAAAUGUCAAACCACCUUGGUGAUACUACACAGAAUAUUAACAGCUUUGUAAAGCAGAUCUGUUAUCUUGAGAACUGCUCAUUUCGAGGAUACCUUCCAGUAACUGUACCUGUCAUUGGUGUUAUCACAAAGACAUGCAGGUGUCAUGGCAUUCCAUUAAAUGACGCCCAUGGCAAGAAUAUCGACGAGUCUUCUUCUUGUCCAGUCACAGGCAAUUAUCUGGAAGAAUUUGAUUUGAUUGAAAAUUCUGUAAAGGUUGGAGAAAAAACAGUACUCUUUAUGCCCUCUUCCCAAUGUUCUCUGAGGCUCCGGCAAGUUUCUUCAUCUGUAGACUUCAAUAUUAUUGAGAGGACUAACUUAGGGUCUCUAAGUGAAGUUUUUCAAGGGCUUUCCACUGCACUUCAUUCCCUUGACCAAGGUCUGGUUUGCUCUUCAAAUUGUAAUAUAGAACCUGUGGUUGUGAAAGGAAUGUUUGCUGGGCGAAGUAGUUCUGGUGAUGGUUGGCAACGGAUCGCAGGAUCAGAGGAAGUCUUGCCUGUCCCUGACGUCAGCCAAUUAAUCGAAUCUACAGUCUCUAAGGAGAUUGAACACUCUGUUCGUGCUGCUUUAUUGAAGGAAUGGCGUGUUCAUGCCUUCAAUUUUUCCCAGAUGGAAGUCGGUGACUACAAUCCAGUCCUGCAUGAGAGAGGCUUCCAUCAAAUACUAAACUCGCUUUUGAUUGGGGCUUCUGAGAUGUCCUCACAAGUUGACACCAGGAUAAUCAAGUUUGAUGCAUUGAUGUUCUUCAUACACAAAUCAAUACCUCCAAAAUUGAAAGAGUUGACCUUGGAGUCGAACUUAGUUGAGCAAGAUUCUUCAGAAGAGGCUGUACCUUCAAAGCAGGCAACUGAUGCUGUAGUCAUAGAAGAGCAAAUCCCACAGUUGGAUGUAAAGAUGAGAGAGGACAAAACUAAUGCAAGUAUAACAGAAGAAUGGGAACGGCUGAUUGUCAGUGAGGUCCCAAAGAUACAUUCGCCUACUUGUAUUUUCAGACCGAAAUUGGAUCAACCAGUGGUAUCACCACCAGAAGGUACUAGGCAACUGGAUGAGAAAACUUCGAGGAUACUAGAGAGGCUAGAGGUUCCAAGACAAUUAAAGACAAAAAUAACUUCACCCAUUGUCUCAAGUAGUGUCAGCGUGGAGACAAAGAGGCCUUUGGUACCGGUUAGGCCCAUUAUUGCUGCAGAUCAAGGCACAACAGCAAGCCAGCCAAUAAAGCCCAAUUUCCAGAGGCUAAAACGAAAACAAAGAUAA